AUGGCAGAGACCAGAGUACGUAACGAAGAGAAGAAAGAGGACUUCAUAGUACACGGAGCUGAAGAUGAGCUGCACAACACCGAGUCCAUGAAACAGACUGUCGUCGACGCGAAGAGAGCUUCCGACAAUGAGCAAAGCAUGACUUUAAUGGAAGGCAUUCGCCUGUACCCCAAAGCUGUGGGGUGGUCAGUCUUAAUCUCGACGUGUAUAGCCAUGGAAGGCUACGAUGUGACUUUGACGAAUAACUUUUAUGCUUUUGAUACGUUCAACAGGAAAUACAGCGUGCAAUUUGCCGAUGGGACGUAUCAAGUCCCAGCCUCCUGGCAAGCCGGCCUUAGCAACGGCGUCAACAUCGGUGAGAUGAUCGGACUCCUUCUCAACGUGAUGGGCUACCUGGUGGCGCUUAUCGGCUAUAUCGCCAUUUUCUUCAAUGCGCAGAACGUCGAGACGCUUCUGGUCGGCGGGAUACUGUGUGGUAUCCCCUGCGGAGUGUUCCAAACAUUGACCAUCACGUAUGCCUCCGAAGUCUGCCCUGUCGCAUUGCGAGGCUAUCUCACCACCUAUGUGAACUUCUGUUGGGGACUAGGACAGUUGAUCGCCAUCGGUGUGAUCAAAAGUGUGCUGCACCGGACCGAUGAGUGGGCGUACAGAAUUCCCUAUGCGUUGCAGUGGAUGUGGCCAGUCCCUCUCCUGAUUGGUGUGGCCCUCGCUCCAGAGUCACCCUGGUGGCUGGUACGCAAAGAGCGUCUUGAAGAUGCGAAGAAGGCUCUGCUGCGUCUGACCAAUUUGAAUCGUGAGACCGAUUUCAACGCCGACGAGACUAUCGCUGUGAUGGUUCACACCACUGCACUCGAAGAGAAAAUCACCAAUGGAGCUUCUUACCUGGACUGCUUCAGAGGCACCGACUUGCGAAGGACCGAAAUUGUGUGCAUGUGCUGGGCGAUGCAGAACUUGGCAGGCAACAGUUUGAGCAACUAUUCGACCUAUUUCCUGGAGAACGCCGGCCUCUCCCAGUCCAACUCGUACUCCUUCGCAAUGGGACAGUACGCCAUCAACAUGGUCGGUGUCUUUGGCGCGUGGGGUCUGAUGACAGCAGGAGUGGGUCGUCGCUCGCUCUACUUCUACGGACUCUGCGGACUGACCGUAAUGCUCUUCAUCAUGGGCUUCCUCGGUCUGGUGCCAGAUUCGCACCGCGAUGCAGCUGGUCUUGCGACAGGAUCUAUGAUGAUUGUAUGGGCCUUGGUAUACCAGCUGACAGUCGGUACUGUCUGUUAUUCGCUGGUCGCCGAACUGUCCACGCGAAGACUUGCAAUCAAGACCGUCGUUCUUGGAAGGAAUCUGUACAUCGUAAUUGGUAUCGUUUGCUCGGUGCUUACCCCUUAUAUGCUCAAUCCAAGUGCGUGGGACUGGGGCAACUAUGCGGGCUUUUUCUGGGCCGGGAGCUCCUUUCUUUGCGCUGUUUACACAUAUUUCAGGGUCCCGGAACCCAAAGGAAGGACAUUUGCGGAGCUCGACUUGCUCUUUGAGCGCCAUAUCAGCGCAAGGGACUUUGCGAAGACGAAAGUCAAUGUCUUCAAGGAGGUGGUCGAUGCGGGAGUCAUGGCUCAACGUAACGAUUCUCUGAAGGCCGUCCAAUGA